CAAAGAUACUGGACAGGUCAAGUCAGGUCAAAGCAAGUCCGUCAGAUCUCGGAGGUGGCCCUGGGUUUAAGAAGGGAAAUUGAGUGGCAGCAAAUGGAGGCCGGAUGGCUGCGUUCGUGGAGAGAGGAGAAAGGGGAGCGCGCGAGUGGAUUGAAAGUCUGCUGCGUCCACCUUCAAGGCCGGGCGCGGGGUUUCCGACGGGGUCGUUCUUUACGGCCACUAGGCUCGAUACCAGUCGGUCUGCUGUCGCAACUCGCUAGCGGAUGGAUGCGUGCUGGGUUCCGCCAGGAUGGACGGCCCUCAAUAGUCACAAAAAUAAUUCCCAGGGUAAUUUCCCUCACACACAUACUACAACUACUUGUUCCGUACUUCACACCCACCAUCAGCAGCAUCAUCAUCAUCAUCAUCAUCAUCAUCAUCAUCAUCAUCAUCACAACCACCACCACCCCUCCGACAAGCCAGGAUGCGGGAAAUCCACGCAUCGCAUCCAGACCAACUACGGUGGUGGAACUCCUUGACCCCAGAACCACCGGUGGGUGGAAUUGGAAUCCUGGAAUGCAUGGGGAAUAGCUCCCCGGAAGAAUAAUCAUGACGUUGAAGAAGACUGCCAUGAUGGGUUGAUAUCAAGACUAGUAGCCGCCACGACGGGGUUUACAAGGCGCCGGAAGACGCAAGACAUGGAUGGUCAAUCCUCACAACGUCUGGAUAUCAAUGGCCGGGUGUAAGUUCAGGGCGUUUUUCUGGUUGCUAUUAUUUCUUUCCUUUUUUUCCUUGGUAACUGGCCUGUGCAGGGAAUCAUCAACGUCUCGAUAGUAACUAGUGAGGCCAACU